GCGGCGGGGCCAUGGCGGCGGUGGCGGCGGUGUGCGCGUCGCAGGGACCCCCGCCGGGCGCACCGUCGGCGCCGGUGCCCGCUCCCGCGCCCGCGGCCGGCUUGGGGCGCUGCCGGAUGGCGCUGCUGCUGGCCGUGGCGCUGGACGUGGCGGGCAUGGCGGCGCUGCUGACGGGCGUAUUCGCGCAGCUGCAGGUGCGCGGGCGCGACUUUGGCGACCUGCUCAUCUACUCGGGCGCGCUGCUGGUCUUCCUGAGCCUGCUGGGCUGGAUCCUCUGGUACACCGGCAACAUUGAGAUCUCACGCCAGGAGCUCGAGCGCGAUUACGGCCUGCGGCCCUCGGCACUCGCCCGCCUGGCGCGCAAGCUCUCCCGCCGCUGGUCGGCGCCCGCCGCUGCCGCAGGCCCUCGCGCCUUAUCCGGCUCCCGGGGCGCGCGCCGUGCCGCCCGUGCGCCCCCGCCACCCGCCGCCGGCUCCCGCCGCGUGCGCCUGCAGCUGGCCACGCUCGAGGCCGGCCCGGCGGCGGCGACGGGCGCGGGCAGCGAGUGAGCCCCCAAGGAUGUCCUUGCUGUGUCCACACUCCCCAGACAACAUCUCUCCAGUGGCCUUUAAGAACUGACGGUGGCCGACGCCGCGGCACAGUCUGCCAAGCUGCCACCUGUGCUGUCAGUGUCUCACACAAGUGCUGGUUCGAGUUCCAACUUCUCUGAUUCUGAUUCAGCUUACUGCUAAUGCUCUGGUGAAAACUGUACAAGAUGGACCCCUGCACCCACGUGGGAGACCCAGACGGAGUUCCAGGCUCCUGGCACUGGCCUCACCCAGACAGCCAUA